UUUGAAACACAGCAUAUUAUUGUUUACUAUAUAAGGUUCUUGCUAAAUUAAUUAGUAAUUUAUUUAUUAAUAAAAAAAGUAAACAAAAAUGGAAAAUACAAUUCCUGUUGAGGAGAGGCAACGGUUGUAUGAAUUGUGCAAAACUUAUUUAAGCGGCAAAUGGUCUGAAGUUACGGCAAAUGAGUUGACUAUAAAACCAGUUACCGAUGGAUUUGUGAAUAAAUUAUACUAUUGCGGUCUACCCGACCACAUGGACACCAAAUACAACAAAGUAGUGGUCAGGGAUGUGGACUACGAGCAGUUUAAGGAUUUUUACAAUCAAACACAUGUGAUCGCAAUGAGUGUGAUUUUGUCGCAAAUCAAUAUAAGUCCCAAACUAUUAGCUGUAUUUCCAAACGGAACUAUCAAUGAAUUCAUUGAGUGCCGCUAUUUCAACGCUACCGAUGAUGUAAACCCCAAAACCGUGGGACUGUUAGCCCGAAAACUAGCAAAGUUUCACUCACUUGAUAUGCCUAUUCCUAAGACUACUAAGAGUAUGACUGAACUGUUUAAAGAUUUUUUCACCGAAGAACUAAAAACAUCUGUUAAUGAGGGAAUGGUAUUCAAACAGAUCCAUGAAUACAAUUUACAGACAUUCAAAGACUUGACUCUCACGGAUGAGUUGUCAUGGCUCGCAAAUACAGUACAGGAGCUCAAGAGUCCGGUAGUCUUUUCGCACAAUGACUUUAACCGUAGAAACACUUUAGUCCGCGAUUCAAAUGUUAACAAUAAUAAGGAAAUGGAGAUCUUUCUCAUCGACUUUGAUUGGACUAACUAUAGCUAUAGGGGCGCAGACUUUGGACAAUAUUUUUGCAGUUGGGGUCAAAAGGAGACUGACUUCGGGUCCGGAGAUUUCCCGACUGACCCGCAAAUGGCUCUCUUUAUUGACGCAUAUAUCGAGGAAAUGAUUGAAAUGAAUGGCAAUUCAUAUGCAAAACUUGAAAUCAAUUCACGCGAAAGGAUUACAAAAGAAGCGAAAUUGUUUGCAUUAAUGGCUUUCAUGAAGGAUGUUAUGUACUGUAUUUGGCAAACAACACUCAUCGGGGUCACCGACUUAAUGCCCAAAGCGGAAGUCCGAUUUAAUUGCUACCGGGUGCUCAAGAAACGCAUACUUCAUGAAUAUCCGGAUUUACAAUAA